AUGAGCAGCAUAGCUGAAAACUGGGAGCUUCUGAGCGGGGAGAAGAACUGGGAGGGUCUGCUGGAUCCUCUGGACCUCAAUCUGGGGCGGUACCUCAUCCACUACGGCGAGAGGGCCGGAGCCGCCGGCGACGCCUUCAUCGCCGAAGAGAAGUCCAAGAACUGCGGCCUUCCACGCCACGCAAAGAAACACUUCUUCUCAGAGGUGGGCUUAGAAUAUGGCAACCCGUUCCGCUACGAAGUGAAGACAUAUUUCUACGCAACCACCAACAUCAAAGGUGGCUCCGGCGUUUACACGGUGAAGUCGAUUUCGCGGGAGGGGGCCGCUGGGAACUCGAACUUCGUGGGGUACGUGGCGGUGAGCACGGAGGAGGGGAGCAGAGCGAUGGGGAGGAGAGACAUUCUGAUUGCUUGGAGGGGAACCAAAAGGAACGUGGAAGCGCAGGUGGAUGGGGUUGCUGUGCUAUUCCCAGCUUCAGAAAUACUUGGACGGAAAAAUAAUCCUAUGGUGCACGGCGGCUGGUACUCCUUGUACACUACAGCUGAGAAUGGUUCCAAGUAUAAUUCUACUAGUUGCAGGGAUCAGGUGCUGGCGCAGGUUAGGAAGCUUGUGGACACUUACAAGGAAGAGGAAAUCAGCAUCACGGUGGCGGGAUACAGCAUGGGCGCAGCGCUUGCAACUCUGAGUGCCGCAGACAUAACCGUGAACGGAUACAACAAGCCCACAAACGGGACCUCAUCAUGUCCUGUCACGGUCUUCGCCUUCGCGAGCCCUCGCGUCGGCGACGGCGGAUUCCGUCAGGUGGUCGCCGACCACGGUAGCGAUCUUCACGUGCUCCGCAUCCGGAACGUCAAAGAUCCGGUUCCUGACACCCCGUACUUCGGUUACGCGGACGUGGGAAAGGAGUUGGUGGUGGACGCCUGCCGGUCGCCUUACUACAAGCAGAGCUCGAACCAAUACCAUGACUUGGAGGUUUACCUGCACGGAGUUGCAGGGUCGCAUGGCGGGCGAGGGCAAGGAGCGUUUAAGCUGGAAGUGAAGCGCGAUAUAGCGCUGAUGAACAAAUGGGCGGACGCGGUGAGGGAUGAGUACGAGGUGGUGACGCACUGGUGGGUUGCCAAGAACAAUUCUAUGGUACAGGUGGAAGAUGGAUCUUGGGUGUUGAAGGAUUGUGAGCCAGAUGAUGAUGAUGAUGAUCAUAUAUGA